UCCUCCUCCCCCCAAUCCAGACCCCCCGAUUCCGCCUCUGGGGCUGGGAGCCUCCGCGUCUUUCUCCUCUCCCUUUGGGGCGCUUGUGGGGCAGCAUCCAUGGCUUUCCCUGGGGUCCCCCUGAUGCUGCUAAUUGUGGGGGCGCUGGCCAGGAUCCCCGGAAGCGAAGGGGGGAAGGAGACCCCCGCCCAUUUCCUGCUCCAGAGGAAGUCCGAGUGCCACUUCUUCAAUGGGACGCAGCGGGUGAGAUACCUGUACAGGCUCUUCUAUGAGCGGCAGGAAUAUGCCCGCUUCGACAGCGACCUCGGGAAGUUCGUGGCCGUCACGGAGUUUGGGAAGGUGAACGAGGACGUUUGGAACAGCGAUGAGCAGGCAAUGCACAUCAUGAAGGCCGAAGUGGACCGCGUCUGCCGGAACAACUACCAGGUGAACAACUACGAGGCGCCCAAGGCGGAGUGCCUGAUUGGCCGUAGAACCAAGCCCACCGUCACCAUCUCCCCCACCAAGAUGGACCCCACUUCCCCCAACACCAUCCUCCUCUGCACCGCGACGGGCUUUUACCCCGUGGAGAUUGAGGUCCAGUGGCUGAAGAACGGGCAGCCAGAGAAGGAGGGUGUGGCCUUUGGGGAGGAGCUCCAGAACGGAGACUGGACCUACCAGCUCCAGGUGAUGCUGGAGACCCAGCCCCAGCGGGGGGACCUCUACACUUGCAAGGUGGAGCAUGCCAGCCUGGAGGCCCCCAUCACCCUCCAGUGGGAGCCCAGUUCCUCCAGCUCUGCCAGAAGCAAACUCUGGACGGGGAUCAUGGGGGCCGUGAUAGGAGUGGCCUUCCUGGCUGUGGGGCUCUUCUCCUACCUGAAGAGCAAGAAAGCAACUCCCAUCCAACCACCUGCAGCACUCAUGAAUUAAUCCUGCUCUCUGAUGCAAAAGGAUGUUUUUUCUUUAGGGGGGAGGAGAAUGGCAGCCUGGACCUUCUCCUGCUGAGAUCCCCCCCAACUUCCUUUCAGGGCCUCCCUCUCUUGGGAGGGCGGAUUGGAGACCAUCUAGACUGUCCCCAGGGAUGCUGGGCGGACCUGUCACUCUGUCCUGUCAGCAAUACCUCCCCUUGCAAGACAGUAUGUGGGCACCUGGAGAAGGAAGAACACCAAUGGCAGGGGAAAUAAAUCAGAUUUCCUUAAGAAAAAAAACUGUGUUGAUGUUAGAGGAUUUAUUGUUCAGGAGAACUGAACCUGCAAUUUGUAGAAUAGACAAUCAAACUAGGCUGGUUGGUUGUUUCCCGGGAGCAA